UCAUAGCCGGCAACUCCAGCGCCACCGCCGCGCCGGCCGUCGUGGCCACCGCGCCCAAGAACAAGUAAAUCUUGAUGCUGCCGUGGUAGGAGGAUAUGUGGACAAGAUAAAUGGAUGCUUCAUCCAACAAUUAUUGAAUGUAUCUAAUGAUCAUUCCAGCGUGGCCGAUGGUGUCGUCGUAUUGCGGGACCCAGAGUUGAUUCCGCUGAUAUCUACAAUCAUAAGACUGGUAAUCGAAACAGGUAGUCGGAGACAGAUUAAGGAGAAAAUUGUCUUACCAGUUACUACGUCUCUCUGCCUUCUUAUUUGGGUUUUGCGGGCCCUGAAACAUAUCGAAUCGCGAUCCAGGUAAGAGAGGGUGUAAGAUGAAGAAGGGUAUCAAAUAAAUAGAUAUAUCAACGUAUUAAGUAAAUAACCAGUGAAAUGAUUUCUCCUUUUACUCCUCUGCAAAGCUCCGGUCGACGGCCGAUCCCCACGGCCACAGGGAAAGACCCCACUUCGCCUAGAUAUCUCAAAGCCGUCUUCUUCCUCCUACGCUUCAAAUCGAGGAAUCUCGAAGGGCGGGAGGUGGGGAGGGGGAUCUCUGGCUGUGGCGUAGGAUUGGGAUUCUUGACUUGAGGGGGGAUUCUUGAUCGUAUUUUCUUUCUCUUUUUGGGGUUUGAAUGGCUGCUCCACCUGCUAGGGCUCGGGCCGACUACGAUUACCUCAUCAAGCUUCUCCUGAUAGGCGACAGCGGAGUUGGGAAGAGUUGCCUCCUUUUGCGUUUCUCUGAUGGCUCCUUCACAACAAGUUUCAUUACUACCAUAGGUAUUGAUUUUAAGAUAAGAACUAUUGAGCUAGAUGGCAAGCGUAUUAAACUGCAAAUCUGGGAUACUGCUGGUCAAGAGCGCUUUCGAACUAUAACAACUGCUUACUAUCGAGGUGCCAUGGGUAUUUUGCUUGUUUAUGAUGUCACUGAUGAGUCAUCUUUUAACAACAUAAGGAAUUGGAUCCGCAACAUUGAACAGCAUGCUUCUGAUAAUGUCAACAAGAUUCUUGUGGGUAAUAAGGCCGACAUGGAUGAGAGCAAGCGGGCUGUGCCUACUGCAAAGGGACAAGCGCUUGCUGAUGAAUACGGAAUCAAGUUUUUUGAAACGAGUGCAAAGACAAAUUUGAAUGUGGAACAGGUCUUCUUUUCGAUAGCUAGAGAUAUCAAGCAAAGGCUUGCGGAAACUGAUUCAAAAUCUGAGGAUAAGACAAUCAAGAUUAACAAACCAGACCAGGCAACCGCUGAGGGUUCCGCAGCACCAAGGUCGGCAUGCUGCGGGUCUUGAGAGAAUGAUUUGGGGUGGUUGUGAUGGACUGGAUUUAGCUGGGAAAAAUGUUUUGCUUGUAGGCAGGCAGCUGUGGAGAUGUGGUUGGUGCUUGUAAUUUUAAUCCAUAUAUUCUUAGCCACAUUGGGUUUUAGACUGGUGAACCGAACUGACGUUUCUCACACUUGGUAUCGCAAACCUGCAUUUCCUGUUC